GGAGGGAGGGUGGUCAGCCGAGCCCUGGCAGCCGGGUGGCGGAGAGGUGAGGGUACCUCCUUCCUAUUUCCGCCGGCCGGCAGCGCUGCGGGGUGAGUGCCAGGCGCUCGGCGCUCGGCGCUCGGUCCUGCCUCCCUCCGCCCGCCCGCGCCGGGGGCCGGCCCUGCCUCGCCAGCGCCUUUUUCCCCCGCACCGGGGCGCCGCUUCGCCACUCGGGCGGGCACCUCAGGGAGGGCAGAAGGCUGGAGCGCCUGCUGCCCGCCCGUAAGAUGGUCACCUCCGCUGGACAGCUCGCCCUGCUCGCGCUGGGUAUUGUGUUGGCUGUGUGCCAAGCCCUGGAAAACAGCACAUCGCCCCUGAGCGCAGAACCACCCGUGGCCGCGGCAGUGGUAUCACAUUUUAACGACUGUCCAGAUUCCCAUACUCAGUUCUGCUUCCAUGGAACCUGCAGGUUUUUGGUGCAGGAGGACAAGCCAGCAUGUGUCUGCCAUUCUGGGUACGUCGGUGCACGAUGUGAGCACGCAGAUCUCCUGGCAGUGGUGGCCGCCAGUCAGAAGAAGCAGGCCAUCACUGCCUUGGUGGUGGUCUCCAUUGUGGCCCUGGCUGUCCUCAUCAUCACUUGUGUGCUGAUACACUGCUGCCAGGUCCGAAAGCACUGUGAGUGGUGCCGUGCUCUCGUCUGCAGGCAUGAGAAGCCCAGCGCCCUCCUGAAGGGAAGAACCUCCUGCUGCCACUCAGAAACAGUGGUCUGAAGAGCCAGAAUCAGAAUUUGGCCAAGUAGACUGUGGCAACCAAUGAAGAAAGGCCUUCCCUAGGACAGCACCACCAGGGAUGCCCAGGAUGGGCCAGCAGACCUUUCCUCGGUUGCCCAUCCUCACCUCACAAAAUCGCCAGCAUUUUGUUUUGAGUGGGCUUUCACAACUUUGUCAGAACUCUGUCCACUUGGGGUUAUUUGGUGUGUUAUACAGAAGACGUCAGUGGACCACAAUUUAAAGACUCGUGGAACAAGAAUUGCAAAGGGGUGGCCUUCUUGUUUACCUACGUCAGUUGUGUGUGUCAGGUGGUAUCUGAGUCCGGGUGUGUGCCAUUGUUUCCUGCCAGCCAUAGAUCCAGGCUGUAUUUCUUCUUGAUGGGCCACCUCCCCACAACAGAAUCCUGCCUAACACCAGAGAUUCUAUAUUUGUUGCUGUUUUGUCUCAUCUGUUUAUUGGUGUCAGAAGCAAAGGAGAAAUGGCUUAUUGUUACAUGAAGUCAUUGAGUCUUACGUCUUCUGACCACCAGACUCUCAACCUCCAUGAACACAUGAUACUGAAGACCUUCCUAAGUUGUUGCCACCCUCAAAAACAAUUUCUUAUUUAUGAGAUGGAUAAUGGUUUUAUUUCUAAUCUUUUAAGUCAGUGUAAAAAGCACACACCCUUUCAGACUUAUACAUUAAUGAUGUAUGUGUUGCUGGCUGAAAAGUUAACUGAUUAGAAACAACAGGCCUCUGAGACAGGUAAGACCAGGGGCUGUGGAAAUGGAACCAAAGGAUUAUUCUGAUAGGAGCCAAGAUCAGAGCUCAGAGGUCAUGCCAUCAAAAACACAAAGCAGGUAAAUGCCCUGAUGCAUUCUGCUAGAAAAUUUAGCAACUCCAGCAGCAGGGAUCUGGCCCCACUGCUGGGGAGAGAGGACAAGAGGCAUGUGUGACAUAAGUAAACACAAAACAUAUUCUACUGCUUGGUAACUAAAUGGAUUAACUUCCUCGUGAGCCCAGCUUGGGCAUUAGCAGCCACCCAUGGGCAUUUCAGGCCAAAUCCAUGAAAGGGGACCAAUCCUUUAUUUUCCAUUUUGUUGCUUGGUUGGUUUGUUGCUUUAUUUUUAAAGAAGAAAUUUAACUUUCCUAUUUAUUUUUAAGCAUUAAGAGAAAUCUUCCAGUGGGAUUUUUUUCCUUUCUAUUCAGAAUGCCAGUUUUGUGAACAAAAACACUAACAAGCCUUUCACUUUCCCCUCCAGAGAAGUAGAAAUUGUUCUCCUGAGCACUUGAGAACAUUCUGACCUGCUGGGCUAGCCUGUGGAAAGCAGUGGGUCCUUUCAAAUGAACAGCUUGGAGUUCAUCCUUCAGAACUUUCAUUAAAAGUUGGAAACAGAAUGACAAUGAAAUAUAUAAAAUACUCAUGUGAAGAAACUGCUCUCUAAUAUUUGAGAAGUGAAAGAUUUCCACCUUUUAGCCCUUCACUGCAUUUAACUUAUCAUGCCUUGAAAGAAUCUUAGACAUAUCAUGUUAACUUUCACUGGAAAAUUCUGUCAUACCCCUAAUUCUUCUUCCCUAGUCUAUUUCUAUGAAUUUCUGAUUUUUACAGUCAAGGCCAUGACCUCACCUGAGGCUUAACUUUGGCACUUAUUUAAUGAUGCCACACCAGAAGCAUUACAUGCAAAAAUUGGGUCUGUUUAGAGCCAGCCCCUAACAAUGCAGCUGACAUGGCUCCAGUUUUUUAAACUAUUAAAGAAAAUAGGUCCACAUUUAGAUACCUUGGGUCAAUCCUGUAGUGACAGAUACAUGAGCCAAGGCUUGGCUAAAGCCUCCUACUAAGACACCAAUCAAUUGGGCCAGGGAUUUAGCUCAGUGGUUUCGCAGCCUGCUAUGCAAGCUCAAGGAUCUGAGUUCAAUCCCUGGUAAAAAAAAAAAAAAAAAGACACCAAUCAAUUGACCCAUGUUUUAACCUAGUAUGCACUCAACUUUCUUAUCAGAGCCCCCUAAAGUCUCAGAUUCUGGCUCAGAGAGACCAGUAAAAGUGGAUGAGCAUCACUUGUUUUUAACUUGAGUUCACUUUUUUUUCUUUAAAACAGUCUUUUUUGUAGUUUGAGACUCCUAGAGGUCUGAUUGCUAUUAAAGAGUAUGAAUUGAUGUGAAAAUGUGUUGCAGGGCUUUCUUCACCUCAUGGAUGGAAGAUCAGGGGCCACCUAAAAAUGUUAUCUGUAAUUGGUAUCCAAGAGACUUUGCAGAGGUACAAGAAAAUGGAGAUGGACAGAUGGUAGAAGCAAAGGUUCCCUAUGAGGAUCUCAGAUUUAUUGUCUGUUAAUUCUCUGGUUCUAGGAUCCAGCUGGUUAUAGCCACUGGUGCCCCCUUCCUUGUGUCUGUACAUCCACUGAACUCAAGUGUGUGCCCCUCAGAAGUACCUUCCAGAUCAGCCCUUUGUAAACCAACAGCUCUGAGUUUGGGUUGUGGUGAGCUUGGUUGGACCAUUAUCCAUGCCCAAGGAUAUAAUAGCCUUACUUUUUUGGUAAUUUCUCUUUUUGGAAAUCAUAUGAAGAUAAGCACUAGAUCCCUGUCCCAUUUAUUGACAGGGGUUGGUCUUUGAAUAGCUAUUUUUAAAAUGCUCUUUUUAGGCUUAAAGUGCAUCUUAUAAGUCAUCUCUGCAAAAUCCCUGUGUUUCCUUGACCUUCAGAUAGCCAGAUGUUUCCUAUGAUUAGGGAGGCCUGACCUGCUAAGCAGCCACACAUCUGGCAGUGGGGAACAUAAUUAUUUCCAGAAUAUAAGUGUCUCAGAAAAGACCCCAUUUUAAAAAUGACUUUUUAUAAAGACCUCCAAACCCUUUAUGGGGCCUGAAUUUCCCCCAUUGCCCUACAGGCUGUGACACUAAACACACUGGCAAGAAACUUUCUACAUAGAUUGAUAUACAGCACCCAAAUCCAAACUGGAAGAUAAGACCCAUCUAGAUACAUGUGAACCAAGCAAGGGGUGAGUUGAUCAUGUGUCUCAGCAGAAGUGGUAGGCACGGUGACCCUAAUAUCCUUUCUGCUGAGUAAGGAGGAGUGAGGAAUGAUUGACAGUCACCCAUGUACAUUGAUGAAGGAAGAGGAUUUGUGGUUCUAGAACUUCUUGGGAAGAAAUGUUCUUUACAGGUAUAGAAAACUGCCUGGUGUCUCCAAGCCAGUUUCCCGAGGCAUAUGAGCUACUCUUGUUUUUCCAGGAAAUUUGGCAAGAGUAGACCAAUGAUGCUCUAACACUACACAGGAGGCCCCAACUUCUCAGUAGGUUCUGGGCUUUCAGCUCUCCCAGCAUACCCAGACAAGAGAAGGAUGAUUCAAAAUCCCAGGACCAGGGUACUUCACAAAAUCAACACAAGUUUGGUUUUUCAGUGUUUUAACAUAAGACUUCUCUCUAGCCAUUGAUCUCACCUGACAUUUUGAAAGACUUAGUGGUAUACAUGUGCUCCCACGUGUGCAUGCACACGCACACACACACACAGAGUACUGAAAAGUAGCCCCUCUUCCUACUGUAAUAACUUACCAAAGUGUUCAACUAUUCAUUACCUUUAUUAGAACAAACCUGAUGCUUUUUUUCAGAACUCAUUAUUCUGACUUCUGUAUAUGUUGCACUGAGAAGGUUAAUAUUUAAUGUCUUAAUUUAUUUUGUAUGGUAAGUUAAUUUUGAUUUCUGUAAUGUGUUAAUGUGAUUAGCAGCUAUUUUCCUUAAUAUCUGAAUUAUACUUAAAGAAUAGUGAGCAAUAUAAGAUGCAGUUGUGUUUUUCAGGAAUACGAAUUGCUGUUCAGUUGUACUGUACCUUGUUUGGAAGGAUGAAGGAAUUCUUUUUUUUUCCUAAA